AUGCAACUCCUCGACUUGAUCGACAAGCUCACAGGGGCAGCCGAGCCAAGACCGGGCCUGCAUCCAAUCCCGGGAACAAAGCCCCUGACUCUCGAAGCCGCCAUAUGCCCGCCUCUGAUAUAUUAUAUAGCACUGCUUUUCCUUCCUCCCUCUCCUCCGCAUUCUGUCGAUACCACAGCCGUAAAGCUGCUCCGAAACGGCUUCGCUCUCUUGGCAGGCCUGCUCUUCAUCCGUCUCCCUCUCGCGUACCAUGUCCCCCAGAGUAUAGGCCUGACGUAUCAGCUCGGGCUGGUUGGACUCUAUGGCGGCGCGCGCGUGUUGGAUGUCUUCUUUAUCUCGCCCUACCUAUUCGGUCACAUCCCCCGGCGGGUGAGGUACAGGCAUGAGUCUCGGGUUGGCACGCCGGUCCUUGAGGGCUUCCGCGAUGUAAAAGGCCUCGAUAGUCCCACCAAGCCGCAAGCCGGAUCACCGACCAGAGCUACAUCAGGGGAAGGCGACACUCUCGCACCCACGGCAGACCUAGACGGCCCAAGCCAAGACAGCCUAGGCAUCUCGGCCACCGACCUCCUGGACAACGUCAAGGGCGCCCUCCCCACCUCGCUGGGCGAAUCGUACCACCUCAUCCACCGCGCCGCCGCGGGACCCGGCCCCAAGCCCGUGACCGAGCACGCCGCCACCGAGGACGGCUGGCCGCACAGCUUCCACGGCCGCGCCUCGUGGGCCCUCGAGCUCGAGCUCUCCAUGCGCGGCGUCGGCUUCACCUGGUCCACCGCCGACGUCCGCCACACCCGCAAGACCUGGCUGCCCACCGUGCGCAGCCGCCUGCACAGCAUCCUCGCGCGCGUGGUCCCCGUGCUGGCGGUGUGCUUCGCCGUCGUCCGCGCCGUGCACGUGCGCUACGGCCUGGAGGACGUCGAGGGCGCCGCGUGGGGCUCUGCUGCGGGGGAGCCCGUCGACCUGUUCGACGCCCGCCUGCCCCUCCCCGUGCAGGUCCUCCUCACGGCCGCGCUGGGCGCCUUCCUCAUGAGCGCGUUCAGCUUCGCCCACUCCGCCUUCGCCAUCGCGCUGAGCCCCCUGGCCCCGCACCCGCUGGCCUACUUCCCCCCUCUUUACACGACCCGCAUAUGGGACAUAAAGUCCGUCAGGCAGUUCUGGAGCUACGGCUGGCACCGGCUGUUCGCGCGCUUCUUCCUCGUGUACGGGAUCUGGCCGUGCGAGUGGCUCGAGCGGAGGCUCACGGGCAAGGCGGAGUGCCAGCCCGCCGACGUGGGCAAGGUGCUGGGCGGGUUCCUGAGCAGCGCGUUCUGCCACAGCUUCGCGGUGCGGGGCGUGCUCGGCGGGGAGUGGGCGCGGGCGACGGGCGAGGCUAAGUUCUUUGCCGUCAACGGCGUUGCGGUCGUCGUGGAGGAGGUCGUCAAGGGUGCGGUGAUGGGGCGUCGGAAGAGGGCGGCUGGUGGUGAGGGCGGGCUGGAGAGGUGGUAUGAUGGGUAUGUUGGGAGGGCGUGGUGGAUCUGCGUGCUGCUGCUAAGUGGUAGGAAUUUUGCCAGAGGUUGGGUGAAUGCCGGCCUGGUUAGGGAGAUGAGCGCCUUGUGA